CGUAAAGGCUCGCACAAUGUUUGAAGGAGAGUAUGCAAGUCUUGAGGCACUUGGAAAACCAAACAUUGUCAGAGUACCAAAACCAUAUAAGGUUGUAGAUCAGCCAGGAGGUGGAGCAGCUUUAGUGAUGGAAUACAUUCAGUUUGGUGGAGGCCUGUCAAAAUAUUCUGCUUUACUCGGCCAGCAGCUGGCAAAGUUACAUUUACACAAUGUGACACUGGAGAAGAAGGAAAAGAAAUCUGAAGGUAGUGUACAUAGAGACGAGUCAGCUGAAGAAUAUGUGAGCAAGUUUGGAUUUCAUGUAAACACAUGUUGUGGGUACAUAGCUAUGGAUAACACAUGGAAGGAUGAUUGGCCAUCAUUCUAUGCUGCUAAAAUAGAAAAACAGAUAUCAAUGAUUGAAACAAAGGAAGGAGACAGAAAAGCUAGGGAAUUAUGGAACAAAAUUCUUGUUAAAUUUCCGAACUUUUUUGAAGGACUUGACAUUAAACCAGCAAUAGUACAUGGUGAUUUAUGGGGAGGUAAUGCCAGUGAAAAUGAUGAAGGCCCUGUAAUAUUUGACCCUGCAAGUUUCUAUGGUCACUCUGAAUAUGACCUUGGUAUCAGUUAUUUGUUUGGAGGUUUCAACUCUAAAUUUUAUGGUGCAUACCAUGACGUUAUACCAAAGGCACCAGGAUUUCAGAAGAGAAAAGAACUUUACAAAGCUUUUCAUUAUUUAAAUCAUUGGAAUCAUUUUGGAGGCGGCUACAAGGGUUCAUCAAUAUCAACUUUACAAGCUUGUGUUAAUGCUGUUUACAAUUGAAGAUAUAUCAAUAUUUGUAUUUGAUAUACAUUUACAUUUAGCUUUCAGAAAUAAGCUAAUUGAUGUUAGUAUUUAGCUUUGAUGUCACCUGCCAUAACCUUUAAGCUUCAAGCCAGGAGCAGCAUAAUCAAUUGCCUGUAUGUUUGCCCAGGUUAUUUCACAGUCUAUAUAUAGACAAAUGAUUUUUUUUCCAGAAUUAACUGUAAAAAUAACAUACAGACAAGAUAAGAAAUGACAAGUGAGGAAAAUCAGAUUUUUCUGGCCCUGCAUGCAAGGGUUUCUAGUCCAUCUUAGUGCCAUAGUGUUCAUUUAAUAAGAUUCAUUUAAUUAUUGUAGCCUGUAAGGCUGUUUAUUACAGCAAUAUGUCACACAAUUUUGGUGAAUGUUUUUGCAUCCAAAAUAGUGCACAUAUUUUGUUUUCAAUAAAAUUUAUUAAUUAUGAUAAAAGAUGUAAAUUAUGUCUUAACUAACACUUUUAUUUGUUACUAACGUAACCAAAUGAACAGAAAAGUUGUUUGUAAAGGUAUAGAAUCCAUGAAUGAUAUUAUCUUAACCACCCAAUUGUAGGAGAUUGAAAUACUGUCACAAGCAGAACACAAACAACUAAUUUAAUAUUUUUAAGUAUAAACUGUUUAUUUUAUAAAAUCAUGAGUGAAUUUGUACCGGAAUUGGACUGUUUACCUAUUUAUGAUAUACCCAUGCUGCUUUUCACAAUUACUUAGUAUAUGUUUGGGUUUAUCCGUGUUGUUCUAUAGAAAUCAGAAACUUCUAAGGGAUCGACGGCAGGGGAAUGUUUCUAAUUUCUUUAUAACAGCUACAGAUGAAUACUAACAUACUUAGUGUCAAGCUUUAUUUGUCCUUUAUUACCUCACAACUAUUACAAACACAGUUCUAUGAAGUAUUAUGAAAAAUAGAAGGCGACUAUGAACGGAAUUUGAUAUAGUAUCGAAUUUUGUUCUUCUAUGAAAAUUAACACACAUUAUUUUUAAGAAAUACAGAGUUUUUAUAGGAUGGCAAAUAAAGCUGGAUAGAAAAUGCACCAUAAUUACAUGGCCUUCAAGGUUGGCAUGGUCAUAUUACCAGUUUUGCUGUUAUUCUAUGCUUACACCUUUUAUCAGCAAAAACAAAUUGAUUAUUAUAUCUCUCUGUAUAUUGUGUCUGUGAUAAAGAAAUUAUUAUUUGUGUUACUCAGUAUUAGAUUUUGUUUAAAAACUGAGAAACAUGUAUCGUUUGUUGUUCUUAUUCAAUACUUAAUGUGCGUACUAGUAUAU